CUGCUCUGAAAACACACCGAUGCACCGGAGAAAUACAAGCCUCCUCGCGCCUCUUGCAGUGGGAUUAUAUUUGAUUUGAGUGAACAAGACGUACUGUGUCCUGGCUGGAGACCUUGGAUUGUAAGAGUGUUUCCCGACGCUCACUGAGGGAGCGCACCAGGUGUUCCACUAUCUCACCGCAGUGGGAAGUGUGGCCUUGGUGACCCGGGUCUGUUUGACGUUACUUUCCCAGCAGCACUAGGAAUAAUUAUCUCACAAAUCCUUCCUAAAGACAGAGUCUUAGUCCAAGCAGAGACAGGCGUUUGGCAGUGUCCAGGGAUGGUGGAUAACUCCCUAGUGAGCAAGGGGACAUUUCUUCCUUACAGCGACUCUCCACAGGCAUACCGGCUUUCUGACAUGGUGACGGACCUGAGCUCCUACCAGGUGAUGCCGUCACCGUUUUCAGAGGACGACCUGAGCGAGUCGUCUAGCCCUCGGUCCUGCUCCAGCCCGGACUCCCAGGUGCUCAGUUCCAGUUACGGCAGCAACUCCAGCGCUGAGAGUCAGGACAGCAUCCUUGACCACCUGCUGUCCCAGGCCUCUUUGGGAGGUACCAGUGGUGUACCGGCAGGGUCUGCAGCUCCUGUCCCAUUAUCCACUUUCUUCUGGGACUCACGGAAAGAUGAGCCCUCCAAACGCGAGCCCAUUAAGGAGGAGAACUUUGACUUCCUUCCCUGGUCCAAUGUGGAGACAGAGGAGCAGCUGGGGGUGUCCUUCCAGCCCACACUGGAAGAGAUCGAAGAAUUCCUGGAGGAGAAUAUGGAGGUGGUAACGAUGAAGCAGGAGACCCGGGAGGGUUGUUCAGAGUUGGGAGCAGAAUUGGAGGAGGCUCUUGGUUUAGAGGUUGGCUUGGACUGGUGCAGGGAUGCCUCCCCUGAGCCUAAGCUGGAGCCAGAGGCAAAGUAUUCAGACCAGACUGUCCCCACUGCCAGCACUGCUGGCCCAACCACUGCUGCCUCUAGUGAGACCAAAACUUCAUCAGUUAACUCCUCACAUGAGUCCAGCACAGGGGCCAAGAAGGCCUCAGCCAGCAAACCCUCGUCAGCAGACAGUGGCACAAACAGCAGUGGGAUGCCGGUCAUCCUGCAGAUCCAGCCCCUUCACAUCAAGCAGGAGCCCACAGUCGCACCGCUCACCCCUGCGGCCCAGCCCCCGCUGCCCGCCCCGCCAUCAGACAUCAAAAUUACGCAGCUACUCGUCAACAUCCAAGGUCAGACCUUUGCCCUGGUGCCCCACAUCCUGCCCUCCCCCAGUCUCAACAUCUCCUCCAAGUUUGUACGCAUCGCCCCAGUACCCAUCGCGGCCAAGCCUCUUGGGCUCGGGGAGAGCUCAGCCAGCCAGGGAUCAGGAAUUCUCGUUGGAGGUCAGAAGUUCCAGAAGAACCCAGUGGCGGAUCUUAUCAAAAUGCACAAAUGCAAUUUUCCCGGCUGCACCAAGAUGUACACCAAGAGCAGCCACCUGAAGGCCCACCUGAGGAGGCACACGGGGGAGAAGCCUUUCGCCUGCAACUGGCAGGGCUGUGGAUGGAGGUUUUCCCGGUCGGACGAGCUGUCCCGACACCGGCGUUCCCACUCAGGUGUCAAGCCCUACCAGUGUCCGGUCUGUGAGAAAAAGUUCGCCCGCAGUGACCAUCUGUCAAAACACAUCAAAGUCCACCGUUUUCCAAGAAACAGCCGGACAGUUCGUUCAGCAAACUGACGCCCUGCUGGAUCAUUGGGAAUGCUGGGAUCACUCUCAUACAGACAUAGGCCAGGGGAGCACAGUGUGAGUGUGAACGCACAUGAGUGUGCGCGCAAAUGUUUGCACCAACGUCAAGUCAGUUUGAAUAUGUGAGUGGAAGCAUGCCUUGCUCUUUGUUUCAGCAGUCUGUGAUUGUUCUAAUUUAUUGUACAAAAGUAAACCAGCACAGUGAGCAUCCUGUCUGUAAUCAGCUAAUGUUUUUGCUGUUGGUGCUUUAGUAUGUUGUACUCCUUAUGUUUGUUCUGUCCUUAUCGCCUGCCUCAGCACAAGAUAAGAUAAGCUUAUUUUCAUUCAGCCUGGAUUAUGUGAUAGCUUUGCUAAUAGUCUUGUGUGUCCAUCCUACCUGGAU